AUGGAUGAGAAAUAUGAUGCUGCACUUGAUCUGCUUCGCAGAUUAAACCCAAACAACUUGACUGAAAACCUACAAAGGAUAAUUGGUUUGGAGCCAGAACUAGCUGAAGACUUGCUGAGCUCAAUUGAUGUUCCUUUGAAAGUUCAACAGGACUCGAAGCAGAGCGGGAGACCAUUCCUGUGUUGUGAUUACAAUCGUGAUGUCGACUCUUAUAGAUCGCCAUGGUCUAACGAAUACUUCCCUGAAUUGAGUGCAGAGGAUCUGCAGGAAUCACCAUUUCCUUCUGAGUCACUGAGAUCUCUAGAGGUGCUGGCCAAUGAUUCGUUUGAUGUGUACAGGGAUUUGUACUACGAGGGUGGUAUCAGCAGUGUAUAUCUGUGGGAUCUGGAUGAGGAAGGUGAGUUUGCCGGUGUAGUUCUAUUCAAGAAAGAAGGUAGCAAUAAGGAAUCAUGGGACAGUAUCCAUGUCAUUGAAGCCACUAAGGGUAAUGACGACGAAACUUUCACUUACAGGUUGACCAGUACAAUUAUCCUAGCACUGGACAAUAAGCAAAAUGAUACCUCAUUAGCCGGUAAUCUAACGAGACAAACCGAGAAGGAAGCCAAAAUUGAUACCAGCAACACCGACAUUUCACACAUUACAAACCUAGGUACGUUGAUAGAGGACAUAGAGUCCCAAUUAAGAACACAGCUAGAGAUAGUAUACUUUGAAAAGACCAGAGACAUCUUCCACCAAACUAGAUCACAGAAGUCCACUACUGAUAGUCAGGAACAACAGCAAAAGGAAGUUAUCAAGGGUCUUCAAAAUCUAUAG